UUAUGAUACCUGGGUUUCAAAUGAAGAAGUUAGUGAUGAACCUGAACCACAACCACAACGUCAUGGACAGUGGGAGGUGAGGAAAUAAAUAUUCUCCUUGUAAAACAAGUUUGACAACUUUUAAAGCCGUCAGUCAGUAAAGAAAAAGUUGAGUUGAAGUACAAUGAGAUGCAGUAUAUAUACAAAUUGAAUUGGCCAUUGGGUUAAAUGAAAUUCUGAAGUCUAUGUAAGACCAGAUUGUGGUUCACGAGCAGCGAAUAGGGUUGCUAAUACGUUGUCCACCUCUUGCUGUUCAGUAAAUAUAAGUUAUAUAACACCUAGAAUGGUGCAUUCCUCUAGAGAUGUGUGGAUUCAAAUCCAUUAUACGCCACGCUUGUCAAAGUGUUUAAUGCGUCUUAAAUAUUGAAUAAAUCAUACUGCAGCAAAUAUCAAUCCGACGUAUACCCCAAAGUAAACAGCGCCAAUCUAUUUUCAUGAAUUUUUCGUUUCUGUUAAUUUUUGCACCUGCUCAUUUCUUAAAUCCUGGCAUGCAAAAACCAAAUUAAUAAAAUGGUCAUAUUAUGUUUAUUGUACUUUUUAUUAUGCUUGGCAGGUAAAUGGUCGAUGGUUGACUGAUCUCGAUGUAUUUAAUGAAUGGAUGAACGAAGAGGAUUAUGAAAUUCCGGAUUCAUCGUCUUUAACGGUACAAUAUGUCUUGACUUAAAUUAUUUUAUUUCUUUUAUUUCCUUACUUUGCCGUUCUUGUAUCUUGAUUACAGGGUGAUGGAAAAGUCAAGGAACCUUCUGAAGGUAUUUCAAACUUCAAAGUUGCAAUUUAAAUUGCAAGAAUCCCCUUCGACAUAUAUUUCUGGGAAUUUCUUGUAUACUGUCUUUCUUAAAAUUAACCAUCCAGUUUAUUAACCAACAGAUUCAUUCUUGAACUGUUGGUACCAGUGUAGGUGGUAACGAUUACAGGCAGCUGUCGUGGGAAGGUUAUACAACUACCUGAAAACUAUAAGCAGGUUAAUUGUUCUUUCCGACUUUCUGUUUAGUGCGAAAGAGACGGAAAAGUUUAAGAAGUGGAGGAAAGCAGGAUGAAGAAGUAAGUGGUUGGGCUUGUAGUGUAGUUGUGGUUGACCACUUACUCUUUUCUCACUCAGGUUUAAAUACUAUAUGUUCUCUACAAAAAAAAUCUAGCAAAAUUUUGCUACUGUAAUUGUGUGCCGCUGUAGUAGUUUUUAUGUCUUGUCCCAUUUGUUGAUGUUAUGUUUUUCUUGCAGGGACCCUCCAGUCCUACCAUACCAGAAGGUGAUACAGUAUAAAUGUUUUGUUCAUUUUGCAAUUAUACUCAUCUUCACAAAGCCUUGCUCUGCCCAUGUACUAUUUGUUUAGAUAAGAUAUCUCAUAACUAUGAUAUUGUUAUUUUAUUUCAGAUAAAAAGAAACGAAAGAGAUCGCCAUCUCCCGAAUCUGCAAAGAAAAAGAAACUUAAUCCAAAGAAAAGGUACAUAUAGUUUGUUUCCAAAAUUAACAAUUGCAUUUAAUACACUUUACAGUAUGUGUGGUAUCUGUAGUUUUCUGCUAAGCUACAGCAGACUUGUAAGCCUAAGUGUUUGUUCGGAAAGUAAGGUUAAGUAUAUAUGUACUGUAUUGUAUUGUAUAAAGUUGUAAUAAAUUAAAUGUUUGUGUUUAGCAACGCUCCAGGAAAUGUGAAAAGCAAACCAGAAAAAGAGGAUGAAGGGUGAGUAACAUUACACAACGUUAUAACGUCAAAUCGUUGUAUUUCACUCCCUUAUCUUGGCGAGUGAAAACUUCCUCCAUAACUCCAUUCAGUUAGAUCGUGAAAUACUGAUAUACUCUAUAAUGACUUGUAGUGAAAAAGAAGAAGACAUGACUCAAGAUUUGCCUGAUCCUGCACCAAUACCUGUCGUGAGUAGAGCGUUUUUAUCAUGCUAUUUAUCCCUAACCUUUUUAUACCUUGUAUUGUGUUGUACUGUAUAUUGAAAAUGCAAGCCGUUAGGAAGUAUUGCUACGUAUUUUCUGUGUGUACUUUAUGACCGGGUUUCCCGUUUCUGGCAACGAAGAACAAUUCCAGCUGAAAGGUUGCGACGUGGUUACGCCAAGAGUCUUCAUUUGUUCCCUAUCAUUCGAGCACUUUUUCAACUCCAUUGUUUGAAAUUAUGGAUGUUACUCCUCUGUUACAUUUUCCGCACUGUAGUGGAAUAAUCCAAAUGCGUUCUUAAAAAUGAUUUAUCAUUACGUUGUAGGUGGAAGAGAUCAAUUUACCAACUACAGAAGGUGCGGUUAAUAUAUAUUGUAUUUGUUGAAAGGUUAGCCCGUGUACAGUGUGUAUUAUGCUCAAUAUGCUGUAAUGCAGUCUGUGAAAAUUCGUGGCAUUGCCUGUCGAUUUACCCAGAUCUAGGUAGUUGAUUCUGAUUGGUCAUGGUUACACUCAGUAGGAUGUGAUUGGUUGAGUUCAAAGGUCAACAAAGUUCUGACUUUGAAUAACGUAAACAAAUCACAUCACCUCAGCUCAGGAAUUGCCGUUAUUUUCAACUCCUUGGUGCAUUUCAUUUGUUCAAUUGGACGUCAUAUUUAUCUGCAAUGCAUGAGAAACCUUUUUGCAUCGAAAAUUUAGUAGUUUGAAGCAUAGAGAGAAGUAAAAUUUACAAUGAACAUCGAUUAAGGUGGCUCCCUACAGUUGGUACAGUUUAUUUAUAUAGAUCAGACGUCAUCCUCGCGACCCGCGCGUAGAAUUUUCAUGUCUGUAAAAAAAUAUUUUCCGUUUUUAUCUGCAAAGAAAACGCCAGUUUUUUCAUUAUAAUCCUAAAUAUUUCAGAAUUCGAACAAUACGUAUGUUAUCAACUAGUUUUAACCUACCUUUUAGUGUGGUUUUUUUUUCAUAUUUACGUCCAGCAUUGUCUUUUAUAAUGCUCAAAAUUUUCAACUUGUAUCACGGAAUGAAAUCAUACUGUCUUCAGUGAACUCUCGAACAGUUGAACUGUCUCCGAUACUUACGUAAGUCCUAUCAUUCAUCUUAAUUCACAUGUAUUGUUUUAUCUGCUAAAUCUAAUAAAACAGUUACGAGUUGUUUUCAUAUUGUUUUAUACGAAAAGUCAAACUUGUAGUUGAAUGUUUUGAAACUUUUCACACCGAUUUUAACAACGAAAACAAAUUUAAAGAAACGGUUAAUACAAUGCGUAAUAGUGUUUUUAGUAUUAGUAUCUUCAACAUUAAUCUUUUAUUUUCGUGUCAAACAAGUCAGAAAUAUCUGUUUUCGUAUGUAAGCUAAAAAGUUGAAAUGAAAAUUACUAAAAAAAAUCACACGCGUUUCGUGUUGUCACGCAGUACAAUUUAAACGCAUGCGCAGACAGUGAUCUAAUCCAAUUGAAAUUUUAUCGCAUCAGCAACGUUAACAUAAAUCUUCAAAGAAAAUCUCAGAAAAAUUCACCGAACGAAAAAAAAAUAUUGGUCGAACCAUUCUGAAAUUAGAUAAUAAAAAGUGCAAAAGAUAAAAUGACAUGGUUGCCAUGGCAACACUAACACUACAGGGAGCCACCUUAAGUAUAAAAGUCCAACGUUGGUUGAUUUUUGAGACCAGCCAAUCAAAAUCCAUUACGUUCAGUAAUCAGUCGUGACCAAUUAGAAUCCACUACCCAGAUAUGGGUAGCGCUGCUGAGGUUCGACAAGCAUUGCCACGAAUUUUCACAGACUGUAUUACAGCAUAAUACAACUGAAGGUAAUCGCGGAUUGAAAUUUCGAGUACAAAACUAUAAAUUGCAUUUUCACAACCCAUUCGGCUGCGAUGUUUUUGCACCAGAAUCCUAUGAGCGACCCACUUUUAUUUGGCUAAACUUUCGUAUUAGUGUAAAGUAUAAGCAUUGCAUCGUUUACUGCAAAUACAGUGUGGACAAAACUCAGUUACAAACUAUAAAAAAUGCCACGUUUCUGAUUUGAUUAUCUGCCGUGCAUGCGAUGAACCAUUUAUUCUCAAUUUAGCGGCGAAGAGCAAAGAUCCGGACUCGGGACCAAUUAAGGGUGGAGCCAUGAUGGACAUAUCAGGUAUAAACAUUCUAAAUUUUUCAUUUCUUAAGACACAAAAUAUGUACGGGAAUUAGUCUGAGUUAGCUUUUUUCUAUGAUUUCCCCGGGUUCACUUGGCUAAUUACUAAGUAUCAGAUGCUUUGCACGUAAAGAAGCUAAAAUUGUGGCCGGAGAAAUGGAUAGCUUGCUGUGGCAAGUUAGUAACCAUAAUUUAUCGAGAUAGCAUGCUUCCGCCUUCAAUUGAAAAAGUGUCGCCAAGAACAUGGCAGAUGCUAUUCCACUUUAAAUGACCACGCCCAUAUUUUCUUUCAAGAGCUCGAACAAACAACUGUUUCAAGAGUUGAUUUCUAUUAUUAUCUCUUCAUCAGCUCCUCCCAAAACUCAAGAAGAAGACGACAACGAAACGAAUGUAAAUUGAUUUUAAAACUUUAACUUUAAAUUCUACUUUAUAUUAAUUGGUUCCUGUUUGAAGUAUUUGAAUGGAAUGCACUACUCUGCCAAAGUGACUGGAAUUUCAUUCGGAAUCUCUUUUUCCGUUUUCCAUACUUAAUUGGUUUUGUUAAGAUUGAUGCAUUUUUUGGCUCUCAUCGCCAACAAAGUCAAUUGAAAGUAUGAAGUGGGCAACGUUAGGCAUAGAAACAUUGACACAAUAUUGUAUUUUAUGUAGUCAAAUGUAUAGUAAUGUAUAGGGUGAAAAAUCUUAAACAGUAGCCAUGGACGGGAUUCAAAAUGCAGUACUAGACUAUUUCCCCAAGCUCUAUUUCAACUAUAGCCACUUUAUACACAAGAAACAUUUUCUGAAUGAGGUUGCGUGGAUGCUGUAGGAUUUAUUUAAUUGUUUAAUUUGUUUUUGUGGAAUCAGCAUUAUCUGAAUAAUAUUGUACAUGAACAGUGUAGAACUGAUUUAUUAUUUCACUACAGGCUUCUGAAGAUGUUAGUUCAGUCCCGGGCUCCCCAGGAUCAUCCCAAGACGCUAAAGAUGACGAUAAACCCAAAGAAGUAUUUGAAGAUCCGACCACGUAUGACGAGAAUUUAACUGAACAAAGUCAUCACGUGAUUGUACCCAGUUAUUCGUCUUGGUUUGAUUACAAUAGGUAAAUUAAAGGGUCUGUGUUUUUACUGUCAUAAUGCUAUAUGACAACCAUGACGAGAAUUGAACUGAACAACGUCAUGAUGUUAUUGUUCCGACCUAUUCCUCUUGGUUUGAUUACAAUACUCAAUAGGUGGUAUCUUAACGGCUAUGGGUGCGAUCGAAACUUCAAAGGAAUUCUUGAAACAACCGCUGAGGAUUUUUGUCAAACAACCGCUUCACUUUACCGUGUGAAACAACCGCUGGCCACGCAAAUGAACUACACGCGUAAAAUUUAUGAGCCUGCUGUUUAACAGGAUUGAACAAUGUGCUGCACACGUUGUUCACACUUGUCAACAAUAUUGAAGAGUAUUUUUGAGCCUGAAUUGGAUGUAACAAUAUUGUUCAAUAUUGUUGGCAACUGUGAAGAAUGUGGGCAAAAACAUUGUUCAAUCCUGUUUAUAUCAAUAUUGCAACAACCUGAUCGUUUUUAGCUGUGUAAUCAAGUUAAUUUCACGGAUAAAUAGCAAAAGUUCGUUGGUUUCCAUGACCGGACAGAUAACAACUUCGUGUUGGGGAAUAGGGGAAUUUAGUCACUCAGAUAACUGUCUUUCGUUUUAAGAGUUACUGUCAUACGGUUAUAUUGCAUUCUAAUUGUUUCAUAUAUGUUGAUUCUCUAGUAUCCACGCGAUUGAGAGAAGAGCUCUUCCGGAGUUUUUUAAUAGUAAAAACAAAUCGAAAACUGCUGAAAUGUAAGUUAUAGAAAAUUUGUUUAAAACUGGAUGUUUAUGACCAGUCUGGAAAAUGUCCGGCUUUGUUGUGAUGUUUAUAGACUGUAGACUACCCUGGGUGCAGAGGUUUCCUGAUUUCAGGCGAGUUUUAACUCACGGCGGGUGGCGCAACGAGGCGGUUUCCAAGCCAGGCCACUCUGCGCCUGAGUGCAGGCUGGAGCUUCAGCUGCAGGCUGGAGCUUCAGCCCAACAGGAAACUACCUGAUCCGGGGUAACUGUAGACGUACUGUUCGUAAAAGAGUAUUCCCAUCCUGCUGUAGCGUACAGAAACUUUAUGAUUGAUACAGUACCUAUCGCCUGAACCCCAAAGAAAUAUCUUACUGCAACAACUUACCUUGAUUUCUUGCUCAUAGUUAUGUUCUGAGACUGUAGAGGUACGUGAUAAUGUAUUGUUCGCUCUCUAGAUAUGUUGCGUACAGAAACUUCAUGAUAGAUACAUAUCGAUUGAACCCCACAGAAUAUCUAACCGCAACAGCAUGUCGAAGAAACUUGGCUGGUGAUGUUUGUUCCAUAUUACGGUAAUCGCUUUUCUUCAUUCAUUAAGAUAAAUUUUGGUGUACGUUAUGGUAUAACCUUGUAAACUAAUGUUGGUUUCCAGAGAGUUAAUUUUAAUUUUACAAGCUUUGUCACAACAAGAAUACAUAACAAAUAACAAUCAUUACAUAUAUAACAUUACAAAUGUGACAGGAAUUCACAACAGCUUCAGGCCAAUUACUGUGAUCCCAAAACGUAAACGUACAAGUACAGUGUUACACAAACAUACACACACACAUAUAGACACACAUAUAUGUAUAUAUAGAUACAGAUCUAAUUUAAAAGGGCGCCACACCAUUGCCGUUUCGUUAAAAAUAAAUUUCAAAUGUAGCCAGCUUACGCGUGUUUACUCAAUGACAUACGCCAGAAAACGAAUCGUACACGAUUAAUCGCAGCGUCUAAACGUAGCUUUACUGUUUGCUCACCAUAGGAAAUGUUAUGGCGGAAACAAAUAUUGCAUGUUUGCGAACAAAUCUUUUUAUUUAACAUAUUUUCUUUCCCAACUGUGAUUUUCUGGUUAUCGGAACGAUGUUUGCUGCCGUAGUUUUCCUCGGGCAUAUUACCUUAAACUAUUUAACAAUUAUCAACAACUAUCCACCUCCCCAGUAUAUACAAAGAGAUAUAGCAUAAACAGUCGUUUUAAAACCCUAGCUAUAACCAACCAUUGACUAAAGUUUCACUGAAUUUUAUUUCUACUAGAAUACACGCAUUUCUUGAGCAGUGGGGAAUGGUCAACUACCAGGUAGAUGCUGAUAGUCGUCCCACUCCCAUGGGACCACCUUCAACAUCUCAUUUUCAUAUCUUGGCUGAUACACCUGCUGGUGUCCAACCUUUACAGCCUCCUAGAUCUCAAGUAAGUAUUAAUUUAAUUUAUUAGCUUUGCCUAAUUGUAAAUAACUAUAAUACAAUUAAUGGCAGGGAGUCCGUAACAGCGCUUAGCCAAUUACUACGGCCCCAUAAAACUAACACUAAAACUAAUAUUACAAAUUUAACAAAUACAAUAAUCAACUAAUAACAAACAACAUAUGAAAGUAACAACAAUACGUCUUCUACAUGCAGCACGAGAUUGGAAUACUAAGACUACGAACAUAGUUACAUUUUGGACAAAUGGUUUUGUAAGAACGAGGAUCGUGGACAUUGUAACAAGUUCUAAAUGACAUAGAAUAAUAAUUAAAAAUGACAGUUUUAAAUGCAGAGAGGCCACAUGUGUCCAGUUUUAGUUGAUCGGCGAGAAGGUUCCAGAUCUGAGUUGAUCGGAUAAAGAAGGAUCUUUGAUAGGUGGAUAUCUUGCAUUGUGGAAUGACAUAUUUGGUGGAAGUACUGGUGGAAGAUCUAGUUUGUCUGGAGGUGCGGAUGGUUGGAAGGAGAGAUGCAUUUAUGUGUACAAGUCCAUGGGUUAUCUUGUAAAAGAGAACCAUGUCCAGGUACUCGUGCCAAUAACAGAUUGGUAGGAGUGAUAGAGCCUGGUGGUCCAUCGUCCUGGAGAAUGGUAACUCGAGGAUGAAUUUAGUUGCUCUUGUCUGUGUGCGCUCGACUUGUUUCAACAGUUCGACAGACUGUGGAGCCCAUGUUUGUGUUACAUACCCUAGGUGUGGUCUUACAAGGGCCAGAUACAGCGUGCGCCGGGCCGCGGUGUUGCGGAUAUACAGAGAUGGUCUUUGGAUGUAUCCAAGUAACUUGUUUGCUUUGGUCGAUUGUUCGUUGACUUGUUUGUUCCACUUGUUUAUUCUCGCUGUUUACCCUUCUUUUUCAAUUUGAAAUUCUUUGAAAAUACAAUGCUCGCCCCUUCGGGAAGUGGAGGUUAAGUCUCUGUUGUACCCUACAUCAAACAACCGACGACCUGGAGCUGAUAAGUGGCUUCCAAUCUGAACAUUUUGAGGGAAGUACAGAACAUAUUUAACCAGCGGACAUGUUUGUUAUUCAAGAGAUAAUUUGUUUUUAGAACGCUCCUAGUGACAGAAUGUUUCAAUUCAAAGAAGAAAGUACUACGAAGCAACCUGUCAAGACAGAUCUCACUAAUUUUGGGUAAAGGCCGGUUUACAAUUUUCGCUGCGAUUUUAGGUGCGUUUUUCUUCUGAUGGAUGUGAAUGAGUUGAUGAGUUAUGAAUGUUCAGAUACACAGUGGGACAUGCAUUCACGACAUUCAUCCGAAUAACUCAUCUACUCGUUCACAUGCAUCAGAAGAAGAAAAUCGCACUAGAAAUCACGUAUUUAGUCUAAUAAAGAAUGCUGCAUGCAUGGAAGUUAUGGAACCAUUCAACUUUAGUAGCGGAAAGUGUUGUAAUGCUUUUUAUUUCUUAAUUUUUAGUUUGAGAACUGAUCAGUAUCUGUCCAAGAAAAGUCAAAAGGUAUGCGAAACAAACAGAACUGAGAAUUGUUGAACAAGUCAAAUAGAUAAACAUGAAGUGUGAUAGAUUGAACCAUUUGUCUCGGAAAGGGUUUGGUUAGGGUAGGAUAGAGUAGGACAGGGUAGGGUAGAUAGAGCAGCUUAUGGUAAUGUGUUUGCUAUAGAGUGGUAUGAUAUGGUAUGAGAUAACAUUUUAUAUUUUUGUACUAGGCAGCCACUGCGACUAAAGAGUGGACUGAUCAAGAAACAAUGCGCUUAUUAGAGGUCAGAAUGUUCUCCCCUUGAUUGUAUGAUUAUUUAGCUAUGUUUACACAUGACAAUGUCAAGUCGACUUCAGAUUUUGUCAAAUUUAAUCAGCCAAUCAUUUUAGAACAUUCGGAACUGUUUUCGACUGAUAAAUUUUAAAGCAUUUGUGAUAACUUUAAUAUGCUUUUUCAUAAGUUAGUUGAGUUUUAUAGUUUAUUUCAUUUUCAUCCUUAUUGCACAUAAUGACUGAAGCCCCAGUUGAAGAGCCCAUCUACUUCAUGUUAUUUCUACAGGGUCUUGAGAUGUACAAAGAUGACUGGAAUAAAGUUGCUGAACACGUGAGUUCGCGGACACAAGAUGAAUGUAUUCUUCAUUUCUUACGUUUGCCAAUAGAGGAUCCGUACUUGGAGGAUUCCACAGGAUCACUAGGUACAGUAUAUGUAUACACGUAAAAACGCGGGAGUUGUUGUAGAUCUGCAAACAAGUUGUAACAAGGUUGUUGUCAUGUCUAUAUCAGGAUGCGUAAUUCGCACUGCUUGUGCCCAGUUGUUGUGACAAGUUUGGAACAAGUUGUUAUAAUCUUGUUAUACAAGUUGUUCCAACAAGACUAAUAACUUGUUGCUUGCAGACGAUAUCAGACUUGUUGGAACAACUUGUUGCGAGUUUGCAGUAUAGGUACAGUGUGGUGUACACUGUAGUUGCAUUCAUCAUAUGUAGAAGAUCCGGGAGGAUUCCACUUGAUCACUAGGUACAGAUGCAGUAUAUUAAGAUUUUUAGAUAACCAACUGUGUACGUUUUAUGUAGGUCCGUUGGCGUAUCAACCAGUGCCAUUCAGUCAACAAGGUAACCCAGUGAUGUCAACUGUGGCUUUCUUGGCGUCAGUUGUAGAUCCCAGGUGGCAAGUGCAGCAGCCAAAGCCGCUCUUGGUAAGUCGUGGUCAUAAUUGUUGAUUACCGCGUGUUGGUAAGCCAUCAAAUACUGAAUACAAGUGUGAUAAUAUACGUAAGAUCCUUUAGUUUGUUAUCCCACUCACUGUAUCUUAAAAGUUGAGACAGUUUUAUACAUGCUGUUUUCGUGAUUUCAUUGUGUUCAGAUGAGUUUGGUAAAAUGAAAGAGGAAAUCCCUAUGGCUGUAUUAGAAGCACGUGUAAAGAAAGCAGCAGAGGACAUGGAAACUGAAUUGAAGGUCGAAGGAAAAGAACCAGGUUGGUCUACAGCAAUGAACAUGUAAUAUUGGCCUUUCUUGAAAAUUACAAUUUAUUUCGGUCUGUAAUUUCAUUUCUGAGCCUGUGUGUUUCCACGAAGGUUAUAUACUGUAUAGAUGUUGAAGACAUUUUUUGAUAACGAUUUUUCAGUUUUCAAAAGUAAAUAAAACCGUCUAUAUGAAAGAAAUCGUACUAGAAAUCGCAGCAAAAUUUGCAAGUGUAAACGGGCCGUUAAGUUAUUUUUGCCUGUCCAAUAAACUGUACCAUAUGUUUAGUUUCAAAUUUGGAAGUUUGUAACGAAUGUUGGCUUCUACUGAUUUAGUGCGUUUUCUUAAAUAAUUAUACAAAUUUUUAAUUGAUUUAAACUUUUACGUGCGUAUACGCCCACAUGAAAACUCCUUACCUUGAGAUCAAACAUUGUCUGAAGGUAGUUGAUUGACAGUUAAUGAAACAUUUGCUAAUUUUGGUAAUUUUGUAUGUGAUAGUUGAACCGAUGCAGCUUGAUAAUGGUAUCGAUGAACAAUCCUCUGGUGCAGAUCAGGUUUGUGACCAGUCCCUUCAUUUGUAAUCGUGUAAUUUAUUAGGUGUUUGUCCCCCCUAAUUUUGUUCCUCCUGCACGCCCAUGUAUAGAGCCUCGAUUUCGUGAUUGAGAUCUAGGCUUUGGAGCCGUUUAUCUUGUUACUGACGACCUAAUUAUGUCACCUACUGUAUAGUAUAGUCACCUGCAACUAGAAAAUACAUGUAUGCAGAAACCCUCGCAUUGCUGACAAAACCAUUGUAUUUUCCAAACAUGAAGUAUUUAAAGUAGUUGUCAUGGUAACACGAUAAUUUCAUUAAGAAUAUUUUUACAAUUGGAAUAUCCCCUAAACAUAUCUCUUUUAAUUACAAAAUUAUCAAUUUUCCAAACAUAUAUAUGUUAGGUAUGUUAUUAUACGUAAUAUAAGCUUCAAUUUAAUGUGAAAUUCAACCACAAACGCUUCGCAAAACGUUUUAAAAUGUUCUUUAUAAAACUAAACAGCUAAACUGCUUUUAUCGGUAAACUUUGAGUUUGAAAUAAAAUGAUUUCGCAUGCAAAUAACUUUGCUUUCUUUUUUAUUAAAAAAUUUUAAUAUAAUAAAAAAGGGCAAUCAAUAAAGAUACACUGAAAAGCAAUUAGGCAUUAGCUAAUAUAUUGCAAACAACACAUCAAUAUUUAAAACCUACCUUCGUUAACAUCGGCGCCUUUGCUCCCUUCUAUAGCACUUCUUUCGCCUUUUUUUUCUCAAAAAGCUUUUGAAAUUUAUAAAAUCUUGCAAAAAUGAAAUAUAUUUGCAAUAAAUCAUCAAAUCAAGAAAUGUUUGCCGACGACGACGACGGCCAAAACAAAUUCGUUCAAUUAAAUGAUAGAAAAGAAAACUUGUCGUAUAUUAUAAUUCGUAUGAAUUUAAUACAGUACAAGAAGUUGAAAACAUUGGCUUUUAUGAUUGGGAAGAGUUCUGCUGAACCUAAUUUUAAGUUGCACUUGUUACGGCUUGGAAUGGAGGCGUUGUAUAAAAGACGUGAAAAUCUGUGAUUUGCCAUUGUAAACAGAGCGACGACUGACGUCUGAAACUCCCCCGAGACUUUAAUUAUUUAUUUCUUUUUAUUGACUCAUUGUAUUGGUUGCCGUGGUCGUGUUGCCGUCCUACAUACUUAAGCUCCCUAUGACUACACAGAAGUUCAUCUCCAUUGUUUUUUUGCGUAAGCUCUAUUCGUACCAGGUGAUCUCGUGUUCGUAUUUUAGCCAAUCAGCGCUCAGAAAGGGUUGUCCGAAUAGAAAUCCAUUUUGAUGUAUUCAGUCAAUUAUAUCUUUCGUUAUUCUUUAUGAAACUAGUUGAAAUUUUGUAAUUAUGUUUGGUUAUGAGAACUAUAGCUCUGACAAAAAUAUGGAAUCGAAAUAAAGUAUAUUACAGGAGAUAUUCAGUUGUUUUAAUCAUAAAAUGGAUUUCUAUUUGACAACUAGUGCCAGUACUUUUCCGCGUAUCAAGAUCAUCUGGUAAUGAUUCGUCACUCAGCAAGUACUCUAAACAGAAGCAGUCCCCCCUGGAAAUACUCAAAAUGGCGCACGUCCAGGGGGGUGACUGCUUCUGUUUACGGUACUUGCUGAAUAACGAAUCAUGACGAAUAGAGCUUACGCAAGAAACAAUGGAGAUGGACUUCUGUGUAGUAUUUGUGCCCACGGCCGCUAUCAUUGAUGAACGUUAGACUUCGCUAAUGCUUCCCUUUCCCCGGGGGUAAAUAGCCGGGUAGAAUUAGUACCCUCGCACGGCUCUUCGCAACCGUUGGCUCGGGGACAAAAUAGAAUGCUCAAUAUAUAUAUAAGACCAUGAAUUAAAUUUUUAUCAUUUUGUACCGUUUCACGUUGUAGGAGAACACAUCCGAAUUAAAAACGAAAACAAACGCUGCAGAUAAUCGAAAAAUCAAUAAAGAAAACAUGGCGACUGCAGCUGCUGCUGCUUUGGCUGCCGCCGCCGUUAAAUCAAAGGUGUGUACAUUUACUGUAACUUUCAACCCAAAACAGUGGAUGACAGUUCGUGACGUUCUGGGGUACGACAUAUUCUGGCCCUUUUGUUGCUGCAAUUGUUAAUCCUCAAACGUCAUUUGACUGGAAUUUAGCUCUAUUUUGCUUAAUUAAAAAACUUUCAGGCUUUCAUGGUCGAAAAAACGUGUUAUGUAGCUUAGUUUAUUAUACAUCUUCAGAGACUUUAAGAACGUAUUGAAUGUACUACUAUAUUGUGUAUCUGCUGCAAGUGGUGUCGAAACCAGCACUUGUGGUGCCGUGGUCAUCACGCAAGCUGGGAGACCCAGGUUCAAUUCUUGGUCUGACCUCUACUCAAGGUCUUAAGAUAAUUGACAAAAAAGUGCUACCUUUUCAUUGACAUCAGUAAAUUGUUAGACUUUCGCGUCCUCUCGGAUAAGGACGUUAAGGUACAGUACCUCGGAUCCCUAUAAACUGAGCAAUAGCCUAUUGGGAAAUCCGCUCACCAAUCAGUGAGAAAUACAAUAAAUACGUUGUUUUGAUUAAUUUACAAUGUUGUUAUUGAUGUAUUACAGCUCUAUUUGCUCUAGCUCAUAUGAUUCGUCGGAUUUUGUCCGUUAAUGGAUUUAAUUGUGCAACACAUUGAUUGUUGAUUGCUGGGUUUCUUGGUUGAUUUAUUCCACGAUUAAUGGAUUGUGUUUUUGACUAUCAGCAUUUAGCCCAAGUUGAAGAACGUAAGAUCAAAUCGCUGGUUGCUUUACUUGUCGAAACUCAGAUGAAGAAGUUGGAAAUUAAACUUCGACAUUUUGAGGAACUUGAAACGAUUAUGGACAGGGAACGAGAAGCAGUGAGUAUGAAAUUUAUUACCCUUUAUAAAAAAGAGGGAGUGUCAACUUUUAAAUAAAUUGGAACUGAAUUGAGUUUUGAAACUCAAUCAUGUUAUCGAAAGUCUAAGUGCAGUUUUUACUGGGCAACUCAGCAAAGUAAGAAAAAAACGCAGCCUGGAAAACCAUGAACAAGAACAUGAACACACAUGUCGUAUCUCAUCUGCAAAGCAUUGCAUGCAGUCCGGUCCAUUUAAAUCUUUCUAACGGCAGAGUAUUUGAGUUUGGAGGUAGGUGCCGUUGGUGGCCAAGGCUAGUCGGCGAUCUAGCCUUGUCAGGCAAAUGACCGCAAUGGCAAACAUAAGGCAAAACACUGGCAAACAUUUAUGGCAAACAGCAAUGGCAAACAGCUAUGGCAAAACAGCUAUGGCAAAACAGCAAAAAAACGUAAUAAUAAGGCUAAUUAUGGUAGCAUUAGGAGUUUGCCAUGACAAUUCUGCCAAGGCAGACCACCAGAAACGGUCAUUUCCUUCAGGUACAUAACCACCCUUAUGUACUUGAAGAGGUAGUGCCAAGGCAAAUUGCCAUGGACACUUGACUCCAUGGACUGACCGCAACGUACCACCAGCACCUACCAUGGGGGGAAGGGGAUUAACGGAAGGUCGGGUUAAGAACAAACCAACACAAGCCAGACUAGCAUAAGAUUUUUAUUCAUUUUAACAUGACACCUUAGGUAAAUUACACUGGCUAAUAAAUUACGCGGCGUUCGUAUGUAUGCCAGGUAAGCUGAACUGCUCCAUCGUCCUAAAGUCUGGAUCAUAUGCUCGGGAACGCCAGCCAGGCCUGCUGUAUGUAGUAGCAGCGCCAAUCCGGAAACUAUGACUUCCAAAAUGACCAGUUAUACCAGCCUGGCUCAGCAGUCGGCGCAGACGCUCUGUAAAAAUUGUACGUGUCAGGGGGGCGCCAUUAGAAUGGACGAAGAGAGGGCCGUCGGCACCUUCCUGGAUCUCCAAGUAGCUGAGUAGCGAUUCGACCGGACACAAGGGAGAACGACCCAGAGUUAGAGUGCACUUUGAUAAACACUUGAAGACAAGACGGAUCGACUCUUCGGUCAAAGGCAACAUCUAGAUGGGAUAAAUGAAGCGAUGGAGAAUAGGAGGUGCCAUGAGGUACAGUAAGCUCGGAUGAUCACAAGAAACAAAAAUAUGCCAGACAACAAGAGGCCCAAAACAAAACGUCGUCGUAAACCGCGAAGUCCAAGCAGCGAUAGAUCGCGCUAAGAAUGUCCGGUGUAAUUGGAAGACGCUUAUCUUGAGAGCCACCUUUGCAACGUUUGAUGCCCUUUGCCACACGCUGUAAACGCAGAUAGCCCAUUAAGGGAUCAGGAUAACCAUGUUCGAUAUGGAGUGCUCGGACGGCUGACAGGUAGACUUUUAUGGACGCAGGUUUCAAGUUGUUCGCCAACCACGUAGCGAAAAGGCAAAGGGUCCAUUCACCCGACGGGAGAGGCGACCCAUUCGAGUUCAAGCGAUUUUCUGAUUGACAAAAUUGCAGAAAUGACCGUUGGGCAGAAGCGUAGGUUUUAUGGGUUGACGACGCUGAACCGUGACGAAGAAAACUAUGGCAUUGGGUUUCUAGGUCCGUGGCGACAGCUGAUGCAGUAGGGUUGCUGGAAGAGGCGUUGGUAGAUGAGCAAUUGGGGGCUAGCUGACGAAACACCUGCCAAUUGAAACGAGAGAGUGCAUCAGCGAUGAGAUUAGCCACGCCUGGGAUAUGACGCACCGCAAAUGUAAAAUUAUAACGGGUCGCCACCCCUAGCAGAGAACGCAGCAAGGCCAUUAUGUGGGUGUCACGGGAAGUGCGCGAGUUCAAAAUAUGGACUACAGAAGUAUUAUCUAACUGAAAGCACACGCGUCGAUUGGCCCAUUGGAUACCCCACAAGUGAGCAGCUAUUACGACAGGCAAAAAUUCCUUGUAGGCGAUAGACAGCGGCAUUUGUGCUAGUGACCACACAUGAUUGAACCAAUGUUGAUGGUAUACGGCGCCAUAUCCAAUGGAACCCGCGGCAUCCGAUGUUAUCACCAGAUCGGCUAAUGGCAGGAGUGCAGGUAAUAGGAAAACGUUUGUACCAUUCCACUCCUGAAUGUCCUCAAUGAACUGGAUCCACCACUGCAAAUCUGAUCGAAACUCCACAUUAAGACGGAUGGGGUGGAGCGGGUGGCGAAAAACGCAAAGCAAGUUAAUCAUUCGGCGCAAAAAGGUACGACCAGGCCAAACCACGUGGCAUGCAUGGUGCAGUUGCAAAGUGACAGAUGCGCGAGAAUUGCAAAGUGACGUCAGGGACUCCCCGCUGCUAGGUCGCAGGCAUGAUACAUCUGCCGUUAACUUCGCUUAAAUCUUCGUUUAACCACAUUAAAAUUACAUAGGUUAGAGAUGCCCCCAGAUUCCCUAUUGUAUAGGUAAACUCAAUAUUCUGUGCAAAAACGGACCCAGCAAAAAAUCCUGAAAAAAACUGACAUUCCAACUACCAUCCUUACUUUGUCGCAAAGCUCUAUGUAUUACGUCGAAAUAUUUUUAUGUACUACGAAGGUGUUUAAAUGUUAAGCUCGGUUACGUGAAAGUUUACUAGUUUCUAGCGAAUGCUAUUUUUUUACAGCAAUUAUUCUUAUUAAUUUUGUACUCGUUUUUUUAAUACCUCUCAGUUAGAGUAUCAACGUCAACAACUUCUGGUGGAAAAACAACAAUUUCACCAAGAACAACUAAAACUGGCUGAGAUGAGAGCACGUACUAGCCAUGUGACCGCUGCAUCACCUGCUGGCUCAGAGUCAGCUCAACCCCAGGCCCCACAGGUAUCCGCGGCGGGUGACUCUCCUCAACCUGUACAACCAAUGUCAAAUCAACCUGCAAGAGUUCCCACCCCAGGUACAAACAUAUUUUACACAUCUUUUUACAUGCAACUUGUGCUACUUGUUAGAAAACAAAAUUGACAUUAUUGUUUCACUAUUUCGUAACUUUCAGGUAGCGUUGAAACGUUAUCUCUAAUUUCAUUAUAUACGAAAGUCGUGUUCGUGGGCAAGGGAAUAUACGAGAUUUUAUGUUUUCGGGGAAUUGUGGAUAGGAUAGACCCCUAAAGUACACGGCCACAUGAAACGAUGUUAUUUCGAUAUGGUGCAAGUGUGAAAUGGGAAACAUGGGAGUGGAACUUCGGGAAUUUUAACAUCACUUUUUCCUGAGUUCUUAAACUUUGUACCAAAUGUGAAUUACACUAUAUACAGUAUAUAACAUCGUUCAAUUGGGGCCAUAUGAGACUAUUAAAACGUAACCAUAGCUGUCGGGUUUAUCUGUGUUUUAUCUCCUUCUUUGUAGUUGAAAGUGCAGGUCAAACGCCUGGUUCUAACCCUCCGUCUGUUGGUCCUUCACCAUCGUCAGUUGGUUCUCAAGAUAGAACCACACCUAACACCACGUUAGUAUCAUCACCAUCUGCUGCAACUGUCACGCAACAGGUGAAGCAACCUGGGGAACAACAAUGUGAUAUAUCAACACAACCAUCGACUAACCCUCAGCAGUUACAACAACCACCACCACAACAGCAACAACAACAGACUCCUCCACCUACCUCGCAACAGCAGCAACCUCAGGCAAUGCAACAACAACAACAACAACAACAACCCCAGUCAAUACAACAGCUACAGCAGCAGCAACAACAACAACAGUUACAGCAACAACAAUUACCAGCACAGCAACUACAGCAAAUGCAAAUUCAUCAGCAGAAACAAGCUGUUAUGAUACAAAAGUUCCAGCAACAGUUGCAACAACAACAACAACAACAACAACAACAACAACAACAACAACAACAACAACAACAACAACAACAGCAGCAGCAGCGUCAAGCUAUGUUUCACCAACAACCAAUCUUACCAAAACAACAACUACCACAACAACAACCAUCAACUCAACUUCAGUCUAAACAUAUCAACCAACCUCAAAUGGGUGCACAACGUAUGCAAACCUCUCGGGGACAAACGUCCCUGGGUAGGAGCAGUUCACCGGGGACCAAUAUUCGUAUGGCUACGUCACCGCGUGAUCAAUCACCCGGGGUAACGACAUCACAUCCGGGUUCAAUGGCGGCCUCGACACCAUCUUCACUACCUAUGUAUAUGUCAUCACCAAACUACCCUGGUGUGGUCUCUAGUAAUGUUAACAGACCAUUAAUGCCUUCACCUGGCAUGUAUUCAACACCACCAAGCCAAGUACCAUCAUCUGCUGGUUAUCCAAUGAAUCAAUCAUCAUUACCAUCUGGUAUGUCUGGGAUGCAAUAUGGUGGUCAACGUUCUGGUAUGCCACCCAACAGUUCUAUGCCUAACCGUCCUCCUAUGCCUAAUUAUCCACAGUCGUUCUCCGGCCCUCCCGGUCAACCUCCAGCAUAUAAUCCUCAACGUUUCCCAGAUUCAACUGCCUAUCCUCCAGGUUUCAUGUCAUCACCAGGCAGUCAACACCCUCCGUCAAGUAACUAA